AUUGAAUUUCUGCCAGGUUUCCCGUUGAAGCAGAGCAAGAUCAUGGAUUUCUUCCAGAUCGAGAAGGGCGCGGAGGGCGGCGCCGUCGGGCUGGCAAAGUGCACGCUUUCUCAGGAUGCUAAGAGGCAAAGGAGGCGAUCUCUUGAUAUGCACAAGCAGAAGAGGAGGCUACUGCCAUUUGUGCUCACUGAAGAUAGAGUUCGAAGGCUUGAACAGAUGGCUUCUGCUGCCACUGCAUUGACAUCUUCGAAAAUGGAGUUCAGUAAUGAGCUGACUUUUGUGUCCAGUAUGGCCCCUAUAUCUGUCAAUCAAGCAAAGCUGAAGCAAGGUGGUAUGCAGGUUCUUUCAAAAGAGGACAAAGAAGCCAUCGAACUUUGCAGAAGCAUGUUGAAAAGAGGAGAAUGCCCU